AUGGAUUACGAAAACGAAAGCCGCGGCUACGAUGAUGGUGAGCCUCGCGACCAGUAUGCUAGGGACGACCGCUCCAUGUCUCCUCGUAGACGCGAGUCCCCUCCUAGACGGGACCGCAACCGCAGUGCCUCUCCUGGAGGUAGAAUGGGUGAUCGCGCUGGUGCUGAGCGCGAAGAUCGCCGUCCUGCUGGCGAUGACGUGUCUAACGCGUCUGACCGUGGUGGUGACCGUCGUGGCAAUGGCGGUGCUGCUGAUGCCGCUACUAACACUGGUACCAACCUCUUUGUCACUGGUAUUCACCCGCGUCUCACUGAGGACGACGUCAUGCGUCUCUUCGCCAAGUAUGGAGAAGUCGAGAAAUGCCAGAUCAUGCUUGACCCUCACACUAAAGAGUCUCGCGGAUUCGGUUUCGUCAAGAUGUCGACCCUUGAGCAGGCCGAUGGAGCCAAGGAGGGACUUCAAGGUGAAUCCUUUGAGGGUAGGACCCUGAGCAUUGAGAAGGCGAGACGUAGCCGGCCCAGGACCCCGACCCCUGGAAAGUACUUUGGACCCCCGAAGCGAGAUGAUUUCCGCCGUGGACCCCCCGGUGGAGGAGGUGGUGGUGGUGGGCGUUUCGGUGACGACCGUCGUCCUCCCCGUGGUGGCCGUUACUACGAUGACUACGACCGCCGUGGUGGAGGAGGUGGUGGUGGUUACUCUUCCCGCUACGAUGACCGUGAUGCUGGCGAGCGUCAUUACCGCUCUCGUGACAGCCGUGACGACUACGGAGGUCCUCGUGGCGUUGAUCGUUAUGCUAGCCGUGAAGACAGAUAUGGCGGCAGUGGCGGUGCCCGUGGCGACGACAGGUACAGCAGCCGUGGCGAUGAUGAUGACCGUCGUGCUCCCCGUGAGUCUUUCGCUUACGGUGACCGUGUUAGCGCGUACCCUCCUCGUGGUGCUCCACCUACCGAUGCGCCUCCCCGCGCACCCGAAGGCGGCAGGAGUUAUGGAGGUGGCUACGAAGACGACCGUGCCGGCUACAGGAGAUAA